CUGGCCGAGGAAAUGGUUGAGAAAUGGUCACGUUUGCCACGUGGUCAACACGUUCCCUGUCGCCAGGAGGUGUUUCUGCUCGCAAUAAAAGCUAUAACCCAGUGUUCAUUUGGAGAUUACAUUCUAGACGAAGACCAGGUCGCCAAGUUCUGGAAAGCAUAUGAUACAUGCUGGUUCGAUUUUGAUAAAAGACAACGCGGAGAUGAACCAAAUCCUGGGAGUGAUCGUGAGAAAAAGUUCAACGAUGCGAAAAAAUACAUGUACGACAUUUUGGCGGCGGUCAUCCAAGUCAGGCGUAAACAUCCAACCAUCGAGAAUCGACAAAUGCUGGUUGACGUCAUGAUUGAAAACAGUAUUCCGGAUGACGUCAUGCAGUGUGACGCUAUGACAUAUGUUAUUGGUGGCUUCCAUACUGUUGGGAAUUGGCUGGUUUGGACUCUCCACUUCGUCUCUAUGUACCCUGAAAUUCAAGAUAAAAUGUACCAAGAAGUAAAAGACAAGUUAAAUGACACGGGCAAAGUGAUUCCAGAUAACGUUGCUCAGCUAGUUUACAUUCGUCAGGUAAUGGAAGAAACGCUGCGUAUGGCGGUGGUUGCACCAUACGCAGCCCGUUACGACGAUGAAAAAGACGUCACACUGGGAGGUUACGUCAUACCGCCUGGGACACCCAUUAUCCAGGCCUUGGGCGUUGGAUACAAUGACCCAUCAAUCUGGCAAAACCCCGAUAAGUUUGACCCAGAUCGCUUCAGCCCAGAGAAAGUGGCUGAACGUCACCCCUAUUCCUUUCAACCGUUUGGUUUUGCCGGCAAUCGGAAGUGUCCUGGAUACCGUUUCGCUUACGCUCAAGUAGCCACGGUGCUGGCCAACAUUCUGCUGAAAUUCCAGGUUCAUCAUGUUGAUGGUUUGGGGGUGAAGGCCAUGUAUGGACUAGUUACUACCCCCCAAAACGAAGUCUGGCUGACGAUUACUCCGAGAUCCGAUAAGAAUAAAGAAGAGUAGAUUAUUUCAAUUCAAUUCAAUUCAAUUCAUUUCUUUACUGGUACAUAGAUUAUGAUGACCUCGUACAAUAUAAUAUACUAACGACAAUACAAUUGGUGCAUUUCCAUUUCUCUAGUUGGUAAUUGUGUUGUCUGUUUGUGAACUAUUUUAACUGUGAAUUGAAAAUCAGAACUUUGUUUAGACACGCACUGGCUUCAACCAAAUAUAGUCGAACUAAGGUCGUCAGCAGAUACCGUUUUUUUAAGCACGUGGGAAUAACAAUAAAUUAAACGAUUACAAAAAAUCACUCUUUUACAUCCUGAACGAUCAGAAAUUUCUAUCGACAUUAGCAUUAAUUUAUAUAUCUUAACAUGUAUUAAUUGAACUUUAUUGUUUUUUCUUGAAGUUACAAUCGUCAGGUAAUGGAAGAAACGCUGCGUUCUUUAUUUAGAAUUACGUAAGGACAUGUGUGUAGAAAAAAAUUGGGCUGACGAUUACUCCGAGAUCCGAUAAGAAUAAAGAAGAGUAGAUUAUUUCAAUUCAAUUCAAU